AUGGUUUUCAGUUUUUACUGUAGCGACCCUUUGGAUUUAGCACCAAUCCAGGAAGUAGACAAAGAUCUGUGUGACCCUGAGAAGCUGAGAACAGUAGAGAAGCUGGUGGAUGACCUCUCAGUGGCUCUGUCUCAACACUUUCCACGAAUGUGGUCAUAUCUAAGUUCUCCUGCUCUGGACUCCAAGUCAGCCCAUCCCAAACUGGAAAUAUCCCAGGACAGGAAACAAGUGUACUGGAGAAGGCAGCCUGUCAGUGACGCGCUGAGCCCCCAGCCUUAUGACUCCCAGUACAGUGUCUUGGCCCAGGAGAGCUUUACUGCUGGCCGCCACUACUGGGAGGUCAUCGUCCAGGAGAAACCUUACUGGCUAAUGGGUGUGACCACCGGGUCAGUCAAUGAAAAAGGUGCUCCAAGUCAGAGUUUCUCCAGCCUGGGUGUGAACAACACAUCCUGGUGCAUCUACCAUGGAGACGGGCAGUACCUGGCAUGCCAUGAUACCCAAGAGAAGCAGCUGUCGGUGGGUAAGAGAAUCAGAAAGCUGGGUAUACUGGCAGAUCUCCAGAAGGGGGAGCUGUCAUUCUAUGAUGCUGAUGCUAUGACCCUGAUUCACACUUUCUGUGUGCAGUGCACAGAGCCCCUCUACCCCAUGUUAAACCCAUGCAUUGAUGUAAAUGGACUGAACAUGCAGCCGCUUACCAUGUUUUGGAUUAAGGACCCCUGAGAUGGUCACGGAAACACAAAUGGGGGGAAAAGAGUGAACUUAGAGGACAACCUUAAAUGUUUUGAAUCA